UGUUCUUCCAACAAGGACAUCAACCAUCCUCCUCAGGCUAAGAAUUCCCAAUACACACACAGCAGCCUCACCAUCCUGGAAGCUCAGCUGCUUCUCUACCUGAAAGGCAUGCUGAGGAGUCUGGUGACUUUUUCAUGACAUUUCCACCUCUACACAAAUGCAGAUCUGGAAGACUCCAUCAGCAGCAGAGGACUAGCAGGGGAGACUGUGACAAGAAGCUGUGGCUCUCCUACCUAACUGGUCAGCACCAUGAUGCAGCCUCAAGUCUUCAUUUCAGGCCUCAUACUUCUUCUCCCAGGUGCUGUGGAUUCUUAUGUAGUAGUGAAGGGGGUAGUGGGUCACCCUGUCACAAUGCCAUGUUCUUACUCAACAUUUUUCGGAACCUCUAACACAUGCUGGGGCCAAGGUGAAUGCCCGUCUUCUCAUUGUGCGAACACACUUAUCUGGACCAAUGGAUACCGAGUUACCUAUCAGAGGAGCAGAAGAUACCAGUUAAAGGGGAAUAUUUCGGGAGGAAAUGUGUCCUUGACUAUAGAGAACGCUGUCCAGAGUGACAGUGGUCUAUAUUGUUGCCGCGUGGAGGUUCGUGGAUGGUUCAAUGAUCAAAAAGUGACCUUUUCAUUGGAAGUUAAGCCAGAAAUUCCCACAAGUCCUCCAACAAGACCCACAACUACAAGGAGACCCACAACUAUAAGGAUACCCACAACUACAGGGAGACCCACAACUACAGGAAGACCCACAACUCUGUCAACAAGACCCACACAUAUACCAGCAUCACCCAAAGUCUCCACCUCUACUCCUACAACACCAGCGCACAUGCAGACUCACACACCAGAACCCACUACAUCUUACCCAGGUCAGACUACAGCCGAGGUGACAGAAACCACAUCCUACAACCCUGCAGAUUGGAAUAACACUGUGACAUCAUCAGAUGACUCUUGGAAUAAUUACACUGAAUCUGUCUCUUUGUGGGAGAUGCUGAAGAACACGAGUCACAGCGUCUCCACGAGUCACAGCGUCUCCACGAGUCACAGCGUCUCCACGAGUCACAGCGUCUCCACUGGCGUCUUAACUGCUGCCCUGCUGUUGCUGCUGCUUGUGUGCGCUGCGGUGAUCACCAGUUACAUCCUUAUGAAAAAGAAGUCGGGAUCUCGAAGCUUGGUAGUGUUCCGAGUCUCUAAGAAUGAACCUGGGCAAACCACAGCAAUUGUCCAGUCUCAAGCUGAAGACAAUGUCUUGAACAUAGUUGAAGACAGUGUUUACCCUACAAAAUGAGUCCCAGUGGCCCUCUGAGGAGCCCUCUGCCUGAGACUGCAAAGACAGCAACUGGAUUUGACAACGCAAACAGCCUUUCCAGCUGCAAGGCUAUGUUCUGUGUCGAUUCAUCCAGCAGUUGUGGAAAGGGUGACCCUCUGUUGUUUAUACUCAAACUCACAGUUCACAUCAUCCUAAUUUUUAUAUUAACACUGCUUCAGUCUCUCACUCACUUCAGCACAUUCUUUCAAGCAAACAUUUUAGUAUUUUGAGUUUCCUUUAGUCAACAUAAUCAUGGGUAAUACAGGAAAUAGACUUCUGUCUUGAUCAUUAAAACCAUUAAGAGAGGUAUAAAAUGAAAAAGUUAAAAAAAAACCAAAGAUGGCAAGCUGGUGGCACAUCCUGAAUUUAAAAGUAUUUCAUGAUCAUGUUUUAUCUAUUUUAUUGUAAUUUGAAAUAUCACUUUUUCUCCCCUCCCCAAGGGAUCGUAAAAUCGUGGAAGCAUGCAAGUUUAAUUUCCCUCACAGACAAAUAGAAGGAACUCUAAUAUUACCGUUAGAGUUGGUUAUGCUUUCUCAUAGUUCUGGAAAUAUGAUCCAUUAUAAUGUGGUUGAAUUCCAGGGCUUCCCUUGUCUGUUCUAAAAUAUUUGUGUUUAAACUACAGUGUUUUCUGGUUCCGAAAUAUGCAGCAACUACAGAUCACAGCAGGACUUUGGCGACAAUUACCCUGGUUUGGAGCUUUUCAGGAAAGAUUUGUUAAGCCAGUUCUACAGUGGUGAGGUCACCAGAGGGGGCUAUCCCCUGAACUCUCCUGCCUCCUGAUUCCUGCCUGGUGGCUGCUGGUCUCUGAGACUGUGAUGUCUGCUCUGUUCUUCAGUCUUCCCAGAGAUGCAUGACAGACAUGAAGGGGUCUGGAAAUCUGGCUGACUGUCCCACCUAGCGUUUACAAGUUUUGCUUGAAUGCAAGAAUAUGGUGACCAGUGGCUUUCUGUAAAACGUAUGUGGGACUCAAGGGAAAACAUGUCACAUAUAUGGGCUCCAAUACUAUCAGUAGUAACAAUGGGUAACGCCUAUUUUCCCCGCCUGUUUGCUGUUAUCAUGUCCACACUGACCCUGGUGGACAGGGGUCAUUGCAAUAAGAGGUGACUGAGAGAACUCUUUGAGCAGUGGAAACAUUCCAGAGUGCGCGUCUGCGCCCUAGCAGAUGUUGCAGUAAUAGCCGAUGUCGAGUUAGAGUCCAGCCAAUGGUUUUCAUAUUACUAUAACCGAGAAUCUAUUUUGUAUGUAUCUGAUAAGUCUUUAAAAUGGUCAUGUUUUCCUUUGAUAGAGUUGCUGUUUGUGUUUUUGCUAUAUUCUCGGAGGAAAAAAAUCAACACCAGUUGAGAGGAUCGAUAGAAAGAUCCAAGAUGAAUUUUGUUAAUAAUCCCACAGAUAAAUCAGUCUUGUUGAGAUUAUUAAAUUUUCUUUUAUUCUACAACUUUCCAGACGCCAUUGAGAUUGUCACCGAUCACCAGCUGUGGGAGAGUUCAUUACAUUACUAAAAGUUAUACUUCUUUUUAAACCUUUUCAAACUCGAGUGCUGGGAUUAAAACUCUGUGGCAGCAUUUUGA